AUGCAGCAGCUGCAGAGGCCUAAUGGUCCAGACCACCACAAUUCUGAGCGCAAGAUCGACGGAUCUUGCUCAAGAAAACGUGGUUAUCCUCAAGAAAUGGACCGUUGGUUCGCUGUUCAAGAGGAGAGCCAUAGGGCUGGUCACAGCGUCACUGCGAGUGCGAGUGGUACCAAUAUGUCUUGGGCGUCUUUUGAAUCUGGUCGGAGCUUGAAGACGGCUAGGACCGGAGACAGAGACUAUUUAUUCUCUGGAUCGGAAACUCAAGAUACUGAAGGAGAUGAACAAGAGACUAGAGGAGAAGCUGGGAGAUCUAAUGGAAGACGGGGACGAGCAGCAGCGAUUCACAACGAGUCCGAAAGGGUAUUGAAAAAAUUCGAUAUUUUUAUCCGUAAUUGCUCGAGUUUUUUCCGAAAAGCUUUCGGGUUUUGA